GCUUCGUAAAGCACGAGUUUUGAUUGAUACGAAGGAUGACGGAAAGAGCCGAGAAGUUGCGAUUGGUCCCAGACGGACAAAUACUGAAAUAUAUACAGAUAUUUCCACUAUUACCAGAUGACAAAACGUAAUCGAUAAUGUAAAAUGUUGCCAAAGUUUUCAAGUGUGCAUAGUACUUCAGUGCCUUUUUACAAUUUAUGUAAAUACCGGUUGCUACACAACUGCUGUAAAGUAAGGAUAAAUUCACAGCAAUCAUCGGUGAUUCUUUGUUCAUCAAAAUCAGAACUAAACAGACUCUUUCACAGUAAUAUUUGUAAGCCAGUGUGGAGUUUAGGAAAAUGGGAUAUGGCCCAUAUAGACACACACCUUGAAGAUAGGCAAGCUAAUUUUGGAGACCAUAGUUUAAAGAGAAGAAUACUAAAUUGCUCAAUAUUGAAGCAUAGUGAUAAUAUCAAAUCAAGAACCAAAUUUGAAAAUGACAAUGUUACAUGUAAGGUGCAUACAGUAUUAUGCCAGCAUGAAGAUUAUGAAAAUAUUACCGGCCUACCUAGAAAAAACUGCAAUAGAUUAAGGUCAUCAUUUUCUGAUUCAAGUACAGUGACAUCAAAAUAUUUAUUGACUGUGUUUAAAAAGAUGACAGAAUUUCAGCUGGGCAAAUUUUCAUUUACUUCUAGAAGCUCAUGUGGGCAUAAAUGUAGAAGAAAUCACGCAGGAAUAAUUUUAACAAAUAAAACACUUCUGAAUGCAAAGAAAGGACAAUGUCUGAGAUUAAAGAGCCUAUUCCAUACAUCAGCCAGGUUUAGUAAUCAGCAAACUCAAGGAAAAAGUGUACGGGAACAACCACCGUGGAGAAUUAUGUUUUUUGGCACAGAUGACAUGGCUUUAUACACCCUGAAGGAAUUACACUUGAAUAUGACUGAUUCUGGAACUUUGGUAGAGUCUCUGGAGGUAGUCACAGGAAAAGAUUAUCGUGAAGUUGCUGCUUUUGCGGAGAAAGAAAACUUGAAGAUACAUGAUUGGCCGCUUGCUGUGGAGACGGGGAAGUACGAUGUUGGAGUUCUUGCAUCAUUUGGUCAUCUUAUCCCCGAUGAUGUCAUACACAUGUUUCCAUAUGGAAUUCUAAACAUGCAUCCAAGUUUGUUACCAAGGUGGCGAGGGGCCUCUCCGGUGGCCCAUACAAUUCUGAAUAAUGAUGCAGUCACUGGUGUCUCGAUCAUGGAUAUACGUCCCAAACAUUUUGAUAUUGGACCUAUUCUACUACAAAGAAUGUGUAAAGUCCCUCAGAGGUGCACGACUCAUGAAUUGACAGAAGUUUUAGGAAAUUUUGGAGCAAGUAUGAUGUUGGAGUGUUUAAAAGAUUUACCAACUUUAGAAAGAUUUGAGCAUGAACAGGAUGAAGCUGGUAUAACAUAUGCACAUAAGAUAAAGUACAAGAAUGCUAAUAUAGACUGGGAGAACAAUACAGCAGAACAGAUCGACUGUCAAUACAGAGCCCUAGCAGAAUCGAUUCCUUUAAAAACAGAAUAUGAUGGCCAAAUAGUGAAACUGUUGAAUGUAGUUGACCCAAGUUUAUUUAAAGAUAUAAGGAGUAAGGAUGUUAAAGGUGUCAAAGGAGACAUCAUGGAUGCUGAACCAGGCACUGUUGGGUAUCAUAAACCAAUGAAAUGUAUUGUUGUCAAGUGCAAGCGUGGACUCAUCGGGUUUCAGAAUAUUGUACUAAAGAAAACCCUUAGAGCCACAGAUUUCCGCAAUGGUUACAUUAAUAAGAACGAGUUCACCAAGUACACAAAGUUCAGGAGUUUAGAUAAUGAUCUUAAUAAAUAUAUUAAAGUGAAAAAACUUUCUUUGAAGGCUAAAGGUUGAUAGGAAAUAAUAAGUCAGUUUUACAUUGACCUAUUUUUUGCCACUUACACAUGUAGACCAUAUUGACAUAUGUUUAAGUAUAAUUUAUUCUUCUCAGAAAUGUAUAAUGUUAAUUUAUUGCAUGUGAAUGUUUUUUGAAGCAGUAAAACAUAAGUCCACUUACCAGUAUCUUGUACAUUUUGUCCAACUAAAGACCAGUGUGUGGGUAAUAUGCCAUUUUUUAGGUGUCUUGUUUCCACAAAUCAUUUGUGUUAUUUUCAAAAUUAAUUUGUCUUACUUUCAAAAUUAAUAUGUCUUAUUUUCAAAAUUAAUAUUUCUUAUUUCCACAAUUCAGGCACUUUGUUUUGCCUAAUUUUAUUUUGUUUUUGUUUGCCUGAGAAUGAACUGGGGAAAUUAGGAAAGGUUGAAAAUUUAACACAAAUCAGAUUGUUUUUGUUUUUGACCUUUUAGCCCUUCAAUAAUUUAUUAUUUUGUGCAUUGUUUUGUUUAUUUAACUCAUGUUGAUAUUAUCCUGUGUUUAGAUGAUUUUGUAUCAACUUCUAUGCAAUAACAAGAGCACCUCAUGCAGUGUUAACACUUGUCAUUUAAUGGCAACCAAUUUUGACAAAAAUUCUAAGUUAUAAAGGGUCAUAACUCUUAAAAAUAACGUUCAGAAGUAUGCCCCUUGUAUGCCAACUGCACUUUGUCAUAAGCAAGUACUCAUGUUGAUAACUUUAAAAUAAUGACUUUGAAUAAUGGGCUACAUUAAAGUUUUUACAUGAAAGCAAAACAGGGGUCACAAUAGCUUGACUUUUUCUUUGAUACAGACAAGCUAAAACUGUCCAAUUUUGUAUGCAGAAGCCUGAAGGGUGAGUUGCAUUGACAGAUGGAUCAAUAGUUGUUACUCGUAAUUAUUUUGUCAUCAAAAGAAAAGUGUUUUGCCACACACAACUGAAGGCGGGCUUGAGAGAAAGCAGAGCUCUUUUCAUUGUUGGGGGCCGUCUCGUAAGUUUUAUAUUCUGUAAGAUGAUUUGAUGUAGUGUUAUACAUUAUCUAUAUAUUAUCCUGUGAUACAACAGAUUGAUUGGCAUUGAUUUAGCACUAGUGUUAUUUAAACAGAAUUUGAAUUAAAUUUUUUU